AGACCGGUAAAGAGAAAAGAGAGCUUAUUUGUUUCUCUGGGGAGGGAAGGAUUGAUCCGCCAGCCAAACUAGCCAGGGAAAAGAAUUGAAAGCUCCGGAGACAGAGGCAUCCCUGGAUUUUCCCCUCUCCAGAUAAAUAAAUCACAGCUGCGGAAGACAAGAAGUUAUUUUUCCAAUUGACGGCGAGGGAGAGAGAGGCAGCCCUCCCCCCACCGGCCUCCGCGCUUGGGCGCAGGCGAAUCCAGAGUAAGAGGGAGCAGCAGCAGCAGGAGAGGCAGCAGCGGCAGCAGUAGCAGCAGCAGCGGGGACCGCGGCGCCGCCGCCAGCAGCUCCGCUACCUGGGAGAGCGCCUGCCCCUCCAGGCAGCUACCCGAGGCGGCUCCAGCUGCGGCUCCAGAGGCUGCUGGGUCCGCUGCUGGGAAAUGGGCGAGGAGGAGGGGCAGGGCGAGCUCUCCUCACUGGGGGCUCUUUGGAGGGCCGCUGGUUUAGGCUGAGCCCUGCCCCCUCUCUCUCCUCCCUCCUUCCCCCCUACCCCCCCACCUCCCCAUCCAAGUCCGUGGUGCGGCUCAGUCUCCGACCGGUUUCUUUUAAAGAGAGGGGUAGCUUGGUGUGAGGUCCAGUUGCGGGAAAGGGGCGCACUGCUUGGGUUUGGCUCAACACUCCGACUCACCAUGCGGGAUCUGGCCAUCGAGAUCGGGGUCCGAGUACUCCUUUUUGGGGUCUUUGUAUUCACAGAGUUUUUGGACCCAUUCCAGAGAGUCAUUCAGCCAGAAGAGAUCUGGCUUUAUAAAAACCCAUUGGUGCAAUCUGACAAUAUACCGACACGUCUCAUGUUUGCAAUCUCUUUCCUCACACCCCUGGCAGUCAUUUUUGUGGUGAAAAUCAUCCGGCGCACUGACAAGACUGAAAUUAAAGAGGCCUUUUUAGCGGUUUCCUUGGCUCUAGCUCUGAAUGGAGUCUGCACAAAUACUAUUAAAUUAAUAGUUGGAAGACCUCGUCCCGAUUUCUUUUACCGCUGCUUUCCAGAUGGAGUAAUGAACUCUGAAAUGCACUGCACAGGUGAUCCUGAUCUGGUGUCUGAGGGCCGAAAGAGCUUUCCCAGCAUCCACUCUUCCUUUGCAUUUUCAGGCCUGGGUUUUACAACAUUCUACUUAGCUGGGAAGUUGCACUGUUUCACAGAGAAUGGGCGUGGGAAAAGCUGGCGACUCUGUGCAGCAAUCCUGCCUUUGUACUGUGCCAUGAUGAUCGCCCUGUCACGCAUGUGUGAUUACAAGCAUCACUGGCAAGAUUCCUUUGUGGGUGGAGUCAUUGGACUUAUUUUCGCUUAUGUUUGCUACAGACAGCACUAUCCUCCUUUGGCUAACACAGCUUGUCAUAAACCUUACGUCAGUCUCCGAAUUCCGAGCUCCCUGAAGAAAGAAGAGAGACCCACAGCUGAUAAUGCUUCUGGGAUGCCACUGGAAGGAAUAACAGAAGGACCAGUAUGACUAGUACAUAGGAACAUCAAGACAUUUUAGCCCUGAUCACAUUCUAUAUUUCCCUUCCUGCCCACCCCCAUAAUGUCAUAGAAAAAGAUUUCUUAUAGUAUGUUUGUCUUCUAUUAUUUUCUAAAGUUAUCCUUUGAGUGAUCUUCUUGCUUCUGUUUAGCAUUUGGAGUCGACACUGUUUGUUUAAGAUAUCUAUUUUUAACUUAUUUGAGUUGGCAAAGAAAAACAAUAUUUUUUGUUUUUUUAAGAGAGGAAAAAGCAAACAAACAAACAAAAAUCUAGUACAGGUGUCAAAGAAUGCAUCUGAGUGUUACUGUGAUGUCAGCUUCAUUUGGCCAACUCAUUUCUCUAAAGUGUUAGACGUAAUGGUGACAUUCUUGUGUUUUCAUGCUUGUAAAACAAUAAAAUCUCCACCUGAAAUAUCCUGUGCUCAUUCUCCCAUUUGGCAGCACUCUUCUGAAAUAACAAAGAAAACUUCACACUUUAGAGAACCUGGCUCGCCCAUCUCUGGCAUGAGACCCAACAGUAGUCUGGAUGUCUAUUCUAGCACAUGAAACCUUGGAAGAUUUCUGAGUCAUUGGAUUGUUACAGCAUCUGUUUCACAGAUGGAUCAGAAGGUUUUUGCUUUGGUCUCAGGUUUUUCGGGGUUCUGUGAACCAUUAACUUCAGAAGAAACUGGUAUGGUGUAACUUUAAGAGUAAAUCACCAGCUGCAAUUUUAAAAAAAAUGGACUAAAAAGUAGGAGGGAGAACCUCUGUGUUCUAGGACUGCCAAUUUUUCAGAAUCCUUCAUCCAAUAAUGUUACCUGAAAUGUCUUAUUUAUGAAAUCAAAAUACCAGUAACUGAGGUCACCACUCUCCACAGCUCUUUUCAGAAAUUGCUGGUUUGUGUGACCAUGCUGAACACAGUACCGUGAUGGACUGUUUGUUGUCCUUAUUACUGAGCAAAAACAGAUCUGAGGGAAAACUGAGCUAGGAACUUAAGGACACCAAAUGAGAAUGAGGCAAAUCUGAUUCUCCAUAAUAUUCUAGGCCUUUUCAGAUACAUGGGACUUCAAUGAGACAACUGGCUUCUGCUUCCUACUCAGUGAGGAUGUUUCAGAAUGGUAAUAACUCAAAUAGCAGCCUAAGAGAAGCAUAUGGAUUCCUUCAUUCAUCCCCUGCCCUUUUAAACACUUUUCAGGUUGUCUAGGCUCAGAUGUCCAUGUAUGUACUUAGUAUAGAGCAUAAUGCUAAUUCUUAACCAUUUUAAGAGGUAUUAUUCCAUUCAGCUUAGUACAUUCUGGGCAUACCUUGUGGCUCCUAUAACCAUGAAAUGCCAGUAAAACCAUUAAUUUCCAAAAAAGAAUGUAGCUUUCCACUGGUUAACAAACUAUGUUUUCAAAAGACCUAAGCAGAUUUAUAAAUUGAUCCUUGACAGGAGGACAAGCUGCUGUCUCUAUCAGCUGACUGGAGGGAUCAAGAAGGAUUUCUUCUCCACUGUCUGCUUUGGGCUUUAAAAUAACUAGAAUGCAUUGGCUGAACAAGCCAUGUUAGGUGAAAAUAGAGCUGCCAGUUACAAAUUAUAUUCCUUCUGCAUUUGCAUCACAUCUGUAGUCAUGCAGAGAGAUGAGAAUUCCUCUCAGGAUGAGACACCUUGUAAUUAACUGACUUUGGUCUGAAAUCAAUCUAGUCAAUUCUUCAAAAUAUUUUCUCCAUCACAGUAGAAAAAAAAUUUUAAAACCAAAAAAAAAAAAAAAAAAAGCAAUACACAGAGCAAUUUAUUUAGGCUAAAUAUCUAGAAAACCGCAAGACUAAGUAAUUACAUUUUGAUAUAUUGAGAGACAGUUUAGAGAGGGCUUUGGCAUUAGGAAGAUCUGAAUUCAGAUUUAGCUGCUGACACGUUCUAGUUAAGGAAUUAUUGGAAAGUUAUUUAUUUAACCUCUCAAAGUUACUAAGCAACUCUUUAAGACUAAAUUACAUAUGAGUUGCUGACAGAUAUUGGUGGGGGGAAUUUCCAUACUAAGAAUUGCCUAGACUGAUAAAAUCCUUCUUUCUUCCUCUCAGAAUUUUUAAAAUUAUAUUCAAAUUUAAUGAACAAAGGAUAUGCCAUAUGAUUUUUCAAUUGGAUGUGGCCAGGAGAAUCUAGUUAAUCUAGGAUUUUGGAUUAAGAACCAUAAGGGAGUAGGUCUAGCAAACAAUGGUCCUUUACUUAGCAGGGACCUGAAAUAUUUACAAUUCGAUUAAGAGAGAAAUGUACAUGCAACCUACUUAUAUUUUGGAGUGAAUGGUCAGAAAGGAUUUGAAAGCCAGCAAAGAAUCAAGGACUUUUAAUUGACAUCAUUAAAUGGAAAAUCUUCAAAAAGCCCAUGUAAGGGUUUGGUUAAAGAGCAAUUAAAGUUGCAAUGAGUAUAAUAAUAGGAAACUUCAAGAAGGAUCAUUAGAAGCAAUCAUUACCAGCUUAAGCCGGCAAAUUUGUGGCUCCAUGUAUUUUAAUUUCAUGCUCUAUUAAUGUGAAAGAAUUGUAAUGCUGUGUGCACCAAUAAAACAGCACAUGAAUGUGGA